AUGAGUCUCAGAGUUAUUCAAACUGUGGGAGCGAGGAUUGCGGAUCAGGUUGACCAGAUGUCUCCUGAGUCCAACGAUGAUUUCAGCCCCCCCCCCGGUUUCUCUCCUCCAGCCGUGGCUUCUUCAAGCCACCAGCACCGCCACAUACCACGGCCGGCCACGGGACCGGUCAGGCUAGGACCGCCGUCACUCCAUCCUUCAGUUCCUCCGCAUCCCAGCCCCCGGCAGCAGCUCCGGCCGCCAGAAACAGCCCGAAAACAGCCGGUUUUUGACAGAAGUUUCGAGCUCUCGUUCUCUGUCGUCCGGUCACCAAAUCGGACGAGUGAGUUAGGUUUCAGCAGACUUUCGGGUCUCUGUUCCGGCCACUUCCGGCCACUUUUUGGGGCACCACGCGCUGCCAGCGCAUGUGGCGGUGCGUGGGCAGCAGGGUGGGGACCACAGUCAGUCAAGAACAGAGGAAAGAACUACGUGUGGCUUGAUCCCUCAGCAAGGGUACGUAGGCAGCCUACAGUUAUCAGGCGCAGCCACGAGUUAGGGGCUCAGGAUUUAUGUUACUGUGUUCAGGAACAACCCUUGCUACAGUCCCCCAAAGCUCCUACACAACCAAACUCAGGUAAGGUUGUUCCAAAUUCAACGCAUUCUAACCCUAUCCCACCAAAUGUGCCUUUUCCUCGCAGGUUUAUGCAAUCUAAGAAAGAAGAGAAUGAAAAAGACAUCUUAGAGACUUUCAGGAAGGUACAAGUUAAUAUCCCACUUCUUGACGCAAUAAAGCAAGUUCCAAGGUACACUAAAUUCUUGAAAGAGCUUUGUACAACAAGGAGGAGGAUUUCAAACAAAGAAGUGGUAAGGGUAAGUGAGAAUGUUUCCGCAGUUUUGCAACGAAAACUGCCACCUAAAUGCAAAGAUCCAGGUAGUUUCACAAUCCCUUGUGUUAUUGGUAACACCAAGUUUGAACAUGCCAUGUUAGAUUUAGCCGAUCGUUCUAAUGCAUAUCCGAAAGGAGUUUUGGAAGGUGUUUUGGUGCAGGUUAACCACUUGAUAUUUCCAGCAGAUUUUUAUGUGCUUGAGAUGGAGGAUUCGGCCCAUUCUACACCAUUGCCAAUCUUACUUGGACGACCUUUCAUGAAAACAGCCCGAACCAAGAUCGAUGUGUUCAAGGGGACGUUGACAAUGGAAUUUGAUGGCAAUAUCAUUGAUUUCAAUAUUUCUGAAGCUAUAAGGUACCCUAUUGAUGAUCACUCCUGUUUCUCUAUUGAUGCAUUUGAUUCUUUGGCGCAGGAAUAUCUCGAAUCCCUAGAUAGGGAUGUCCUUGAAACCACCAUUGUUCAAGGAAUUGAACUCAUCAAAAAUGGGGCCAAACCUAAUCAUGAAGAAAUUGGCGAGAUGGUGGCUGCCCUUGAGUCACUGCCACAAUAUGUUGGUAAGUCUCCAAUCCCAAUCCCAAUUCCCGUUUCUACUAACAAGUUGUUACCUUCGGUGAUUCAGGCACCCACUCUCGAGCUUAAACCGUUACCGAAUCAUUUGAAGUAUGUCUUCUUGGGAGAUAAAGAGACUUUGCCCGUCAUAAUCUCUUCAUCACUCACGGCAGUGGAGGAGGAAAAACUAGUUCGGGUGUUGCAAGAGUACAAAACAGCUAUUGGAUGGACUUUAGCCGACAUCAAGGGACUUAGUCCUACAACAUGCAUGCAUCGCAUACUUCUAGAGGAGGGGGCUAAACCAACUCGAGAGGCUCAACACCGACUCAACCCUCCAAUGAUGGAAGUUGUGAAAAAAGAGAUCAUUAAGCUUCUUGAUUGUGGGGUCAUUUAUCUAAUUUCGGAUAGUCGAUGGGUUUCACCGGUUCAAGUUGUACCAAAGAAAUCAGGAGUCACUGUGGUAAAAAAUGAAGAGAAUGAACUUGUCCCCAUUCGUAUCCAAACAGGUUGGAGAGUUUGCAUUGAUUAUAGGAAGCUCAACGCCACCACAAGGAAAGAUCACUUCCCUUUGCCGUUCAUUGAUCAAAUGCUUGAAAGGUUAGCUGGUCAUUCUUUUUAUUGCUUUCUUGAUGGCUAUUCGGGAUAUAAUCAGAUUGUUAUAGCCCCAGAUGACCAAGAAAAGACUACUUUUACUUGUCCGUUUGGUACUUUUGCUUAUCGACGAAUGCCAUUUGGUUUAUGUAAUGCACCAGCCACCUUUCAAAGAUGCAUGGUAAGUAUCUUUUCCGAUUUCGUUGAGAAGAUUAUUGAGGUUUUCAUGGAUGAUUUCAGUGUCUUUGGUGACUCUUUUGAUGGCUGUUUAACUAAUCUCAUGUUGAUAUUAAAACGUUGCAUUGAAACCAACCUUGUUUUAAAUUGGGAAAAAUGUCACUUCAUGGUAAAACAAGGCAUAGUUUUAGGACAUAUAGUUUCAGAAAAGGGAAUUGAAGUUGAUAAAUCAAAAAUAGGUCUUGUACGCCACUUACCCUCUCCCACUUCGGUGAGAGAGGUUCGUUCUUUCCUUGGACAUGCAGGAUUCUAUAGACGUUUUAUCAAAGAUUUCUCGAAGAUUUCAACACCCUUGUGCCGACUUCUACAAAAGGAUGUGCCGUUUGUGUUUGAUGACAAAUGUGAGAAGGCGUUCAAUCACCUCAAAGAAUUGUUAACUUCGGCACCUAUCAUUGUUCCACCAGAUUGGAGCCUUCCGUUUGAGCUUAUGUGUGAUGCUUCAGAUUAUGCUUUAGGGGUUGUUUUGGGACAACGGAAAGACAAGAAGCCACACGUCAUCUACUACGCAUCCCGAACCUUGAAUGAUGCUCAAUUGAAUUACUCCACCACUGAAAAAGAACUUCUUGCUGUUGUGUUUGCUUUAGAUAAGUUUCGUUCUUAUUUACUUGGUACUAAAGUUAUAAUUUACUCUGACCAUGCAGCUUUGAAGUACUUACUCGCAAAGAAAGAAGCCAAACCAAGGCUUAUUCGCUGGAUGCUUUUUCUUCAGGAGUUUGACGUGGAAAUUAGGGACAAAAGAGGAUGUGAAAAUGUAGUGGCUGACCACUUGAGCCGUUUGGUACAUGAAGAAGACCUUCUACCUAUUCCAGAGGCAUUCCCAGAUGAACAAUUGCUGACCAUUGAGGUAAGUGAGCCAUGGUAUGCUGAUAUUGUGAAUUAUAUUGUGUCUAAACAAGUUCCAAGCACCAUAACUAGGCACCAACGCGAUAAACUUAAAAAAAUUGCACGGUUUUAUGUGUGGGAUGACCCUUAUUUGUGGAAAUAUUGCCCUGAUCAAAUUAUUCGUAGAUGUGUGCAUGAUUCUGAGUUUAAUUCAAUCUUAACCUUCUGUCACACUUAUGCAUGUGGGGGUCACUUUGGUACACAACGCACAACACUUAAGGUUUUAGAAUGUGGAUUUUAUUGGCCUACUAUCUUUAAGGAUGCUAGAACUUUUUGUAUGACUUGUGAUCGUUGUCAAAGAACGGGCAAUAUAGGUGCAAAAGAUCAAAUGCCACAAACCCCUAUCUUUUCUGUUGAGAUUUUUGAUGUUUGGGGUAUUGAUUUCAUGGGCCCUUUUCCUUCUUCACAUGGUUUUAAUUAUAUCUUACUUGCUGUGGAUUAUGUUUCGAAAUGGGUGGAAGCAAAAGCCACCCGUACCAAUGAUUCCAAAGUGGUUGCAGAUUUUAUUAAAACUAACAUAUUUGCAAGAUUUGGAAUGCCACGAGUACUUAUAAGUGAUGGGGGCUCUCACUUUUGUAAUCGAACCAUAGAGGCACUACUUAAGAAGUAUAAUGUCACGCAUAAGGUUUCAACACCUUAUCAUCCCCAAACAAGUGGACAAGCCGAAGUUUCCAACCGGGAAAUCAAGCAGAUCUUGGAAAAGACAAUUGGACCAACUCGAAAGGAUUGGAGCUUACGUUUGAAUGAUGCAUUGUGGGCAUAUCGUACUGCCUACAAAACACCAAUUGGAAUGUCUCCUUUUCGGCUCAUUUAUGGGAAACCAUGCCAUCUUCCAGUUGAGUUGGAACAUCAUGCACAUUGGGCAGUCAAGACUUUCAACAUGAACAUUGAUGCCGCUGGACUUCAUAGGAAAUUGCAAUUGAAUGAGCUUGAGGAAAUUCGGACUGAAGCUUAUGAGAACGCUCAUAUUUACAAGGAGAAAACAAAGGCUGCCCAUGACAAGAUGAUUCGUAGUAAAACAUUUUCUGUGGGGCAGAAAGUGUUACUUUUCAACUCUCGCCUUCGUUUGUUUCCAGGUAAGUUGCGUUCUAAAUGGAUUGGUCCUUUUGUUGUUACUAAUGUUUUUCCCUAUGGUGCAGUCCAAAUUCAAAGUUUUAAGACGGGACAUGAAUUCAAAGUGAAUGGACACCGUUUGAAGCCAUACUAUGAGUCUUUUGAGGAGCAUGUAGUGGAGGAUGUACCCCUCCAUGCCAUUGGCCCUAGUGAAGCUUAA